UUCUGUGUUUCGGACAGUGUAAUACCCAGUGCCGAAGCUGGGUGUCCCGCGUCGGUAAAUUGUUUUAACCCCUUAACAUCUUUGUCAUAGCUAAUGUUUCUUCCGUGACUUGCGUUAACAGACGUGGACGUGGGGUGAGCUGCGUUUUUAUCUUGUCUGGAAAGGGUGAAGUUUACUCCCUGCAUUGCAGCCACAGUGCUGCUGGAAUCAAACACAACAAUGGCGACUCCCAGUCCUAGCACCAAUUCAACAACCUCCUCCUGCAGUAAGACCAAUAACGCAGGUUCCAUACUACACCACUACCAAACGCAGGCUCAACAUUUAACAACAAUGACAAACAUGCAGGAUUCCAACACUUGCUGGAGAUGUCAAAAUGAAACAGCUAACCGCAGAGCCCUGAAGUUAACCUUUGCCAAUGCUCCCAUGAAACCAACCACAAGGCUCCCAAUCUCUACUGUGACUCCUCCAUUCCAAAACCCUCAUAUAGAGAGGCUGAGGACACACAGCAUCGAGUCGUCGGGGAAGCUGAAGAUCUCUCCAGAGCAGCACUGGGACUUCACUGCCGAGGACCUGAAGGACCUGGGCGAGAUCGGCAGAGGCGCCUACGGCUCUGUCAACAAGAUGGUGCACAUACCCAGCAACCAGAUCAUGGCCGUGAAGAGGAUUCGCUCCACCGUGGAUGAGAAGGAGCAGAAGCAGCUGCUGAUGGACCUGGAUGUAGUCAUGAGGAGUAGCGACUGUCCCUAUAUUGUCCAGUUUUAUGGCGCUCUUUUCAGAGAGGGUGACUGUUGGAUAUGUAUGGAGCUCAUGUCUACCUCAUUCGACAAAUUCUACAAAUAUGUAUAUUGUGCAUUAGAUGAUGUCAUUCCGGAGGAGAUACUAGGCAAAAUAACAUUAGCAACUGUGAAAGCACUGAAUCACUUAAAAGAAAACUUGAAAAUAAUCCACAGAGACAUCAAACCCUCCAACAUUCUCCUGGACCGAAACGGUAACAUAAAGCUUUGUGACUUUGGCAUCAGCGGCCAGCUGGUGGACUCCAUAGCUAAGACCAGAGAUGCCGGAUGCAGGCCCUAUAUGGCGCCUGAGAGAAUAGACCCCAGCGCUUCCAGGCAAGGAUAUGAUGUCCGAUCAGACGUCUGGAGUUUGGGAAUCACUCUGUACGAGCUGGCUACAGGACGCUUCCCUUACCCUAAGUGGAACAGCGUGUUUGACCAGCUGACCCAGGUGGUCAAGGGGGACCCCCCUCAGCUAUUCAACUCUGACGAGAGGCAGUUCUCCCCGAAAUUCAUCAACUUUGUCAAUCUAUGCCUUACAAAGGAUGAAUCAAAAAGGCCAAAGUAUAGAGAGCUUCUGAGGCACCCAUUCAUUCAGAUGUACGAGGAACGGGAGGUGGAUGUGGCCAGCUACGUGAUCAGGAUUUCCGAUCAGAUGCCCACCUCACCCAGCUCGCCCAUGUACGGGGACUGAUCCCGCGUCCCGCUUCCAAGCUCUGACCAAGGACCUCGGGUAACCUUUCGGGUGCACAGCAUCGCUUAGUGACAUGGUUUCGUAUUUAAACAGCAAUGAAACAAACAAACAUGCAAACAGACAAACAAAUGACAUAAAAGAAUUCCCAAAAUGUUCUGUGCAAUAAACAUGACUCUCAUACCGGUAUCCGUGUCCAUCAAAUAUUGAUCGUUAAAUGUCAUAUUCACUUCAACAGUUUUCACACAGUGUAGUGUCCAAUCAUGUAGGUUCCAUCUUGCCAUCCCAUGACAUGCAUCAGUAGAAAACCAAACUUGAACACUCUCACUGUCUGAUACCACCAUCAUUCACCUUUGCUUGAAUGAGAAUAAAAAAAAAAGUAAAAUCUAUACUUGAACACAAUGUAAACAAAUACAGAUUUACCAAAUAAGAAAACAAAGUUACAUUCAAAUGGAAACCCAUAAGCCAUCCACACGUGUGUUUCAGUCACCGUAUAUGUAAUAGUAGUAUGCCAAUGUACAGUCAAUGAGACACAGACCAACCCACAUUCGCAUUUUAGCAAAUCACGACGUUAAACACUCGCGCUUUUCUGUAAAUGAAUGCGUAUGCGAAAGUAUUGUUACGUAACAACGAAAAGUGUACUGUGGCUUCAUAAUGUGUUCUGAUUAUGCAAUAUUUUUAAAAGAAAGAAAAAAAAAAAAAGAUAGUUUGCCUUUCAGAUGCAGAAUUCACUCAAGGUAUACUAAUGCUAAUAUGUUUACGCCGCAUAAAAAGGACUAUUCCUUCGCAGAACAGUUUACUUGAUGUGGUGUGUGUGUGUGUAUGCUUAGAGUGGUAAGACAAUUCACAAAUUGUAAAUGUGUAUUUAUAUAUUCCUCAGCGCAAAACAGUAAGACAAUUGUAAAACUUCACAGUACAUCCGCCUUGCACCAGUCCUUGUACAGAUGGCCAAUGGAGUCUGCCUCUUUACCUGAAACCACACAUUGAUACACACAGCAUGCUAACGACAGAAUUAGCAUGACAGCUUAGCUUGUGUCGACGGAAUGUUCUUUUCUUUUACUUUUUUUGUUCUCCCCUUUUUAGAUUUUUUUUAACUACUGUAUUCAGGUUACCUUCAAAGUAGAUGCAUAAAUGUCUUGGAAGAAGGCGUCCAGUGAAAUGGUUAGAUUUGGAUCAGUCCCAUCCUAAGGAGUAGAGCCAGACAGUAUUCAGCAGUCUAGGAAAGGCAGGUUUGGAUAUCACUGGAGUGGUGUGAGUCAUCUUGACUGAUUCAUAUAAAAGAUGAUUUACUGUUAUAUAAAACAUUGAACUUUGCUUUUUAACAGGGCAGUUGUUUUUUUGGUCUGCUUUCCGUUUGUGCCGUCUGUGGCUUUUUGAGAUGAAAGCUCCAGCAGCAGUUUUAUGAAUUCAGUUCUUCUACACUUUGACAUGCGUGUGUGUGUCAAAAACAAAACAAAACACACACACAAAAAAAAUAACCUUCACCUGUAAUGUUGACACAAUCUCUUUUAAAAGGAGGUAGACACAAAUGAUGUAAAAAUGGCAAUUUAUUAGAAUGUUAAUAGUAGAGGGCAAAGUAAUAUUAUGGGCAAGUAUUAUUCUAUUGUAUCUUUAUUGAGGGUUGGGGGAGAAGGUGUACAGUAUGUUCACACUGUGAAAAUAUUUUAAAUGUAUGUUCUGAACCAUAGCAAAUUGUUUAAAACAUGAGAAUUAAAAAAAAAGAUGACGUGCAGGGAUCUUGCCUUAUAUGUCUUGUAGCAGGAGCGCUGGUGCAGUCCAGUAGCCCCUCCUAUUUACUUCACAUAUAUUUAUGAAAGUAUCCAUGAAAUUUUAGUGUUCACAUAGUAAUGAUAUGAGCUGAGUAUCUGCCCGCGGGUCAGUUGUAAUUAAAUUAGGAUUUGACUUGUGACCUUAUUGUCAUUGUUUUGUAAGGUCUGGAAAUACAAAAAUGGCUCAAUAAAGGAAAUUGAUCAGCAA